GAGACUUUCCCCCGCUGCCGGAUUUCUCUUCCCGACUGGUGGCCGGGCGCUGCAGCCUGGGGAAGUUUUUGCUGCCUUUCAGAAGCGCAACUUUGCCCCGCCUGCCCCCGGAGAAGCGGCUGCAGGUGCCGGCUGCUGGUUCUGUUUUGAACCCAAAGUGGAUGAUGACAUCAGAGCUGAACCACUGAACAAAGGCUGUGAAAAAUUCCCAUCUUCUAAUUGACCAUCAGUUGAGAUAAGAUGGAAGACUCUUACAAGGAUAGGACUUCACUGAUGAAGGGUGCCAAGGACAUUGCCAGAGAGGUGAAGAAGCAAACAGUAAAGAAGGUGAAUCAAGCUGUGGACCGAGCCCAGGAUGAAUACACCCAGAGGUCCUACAGUCGGUUCCAAGAUGAGGAAGACGAUGAUGACUACUACCCGGCUGGAGAAACCUAUGAUGGGGAGGCCAACGAUGAUGAAGGCUCAAGUGAAGCCACUGAGGGGCAUGAUGAAGAUGAUGAGAUCUAUGAGGGGGAGUAUCAGGGCAUCCCCAGUAUGAACCAAGCCAAGGACAGCAUCGUGUCAGUGGGGCAGCCCAAGGGAGAUGAGUACAAGGACCGGCGGGAGCUGGAAUCCGAAAGGAGAGCUGACGAGGAAGAGCUAGCCCAGCAGUAUGAGCUGAUAAUCCAAGAAUGUGGUCAUGGUCGUUUUCAGUGGGCCCUUUUCUUCGUCCUGGGCAUGGCUCUUAUGGCAGAUGGUGUAGAGGUGUUUGUCGUUGGCUUCGUGUUACCCAGUGCUGAGACAGACCUCUGCAUCCCAAAUUCAGGAUCUGGAUGGCUAGGCAGCAUAGUAUACCUCGGGAUGAUGGUGGGGGCGUUCUUCUGGGGAGGACUGGCAGACAAAGUGGGAAGGAAACAGUCUCUUCUGAUUUGCAUGUCUGUCAACGGAUUCUUUGCCUUCCUUUCUUCAUUUGUCCAAGGUUAUGGCUUCUUUCUCUUCUGUCGCUUACUUUCUGGAUUCGGGAUUGGAGGAGCCAUACCCACUGUGUUCUCAUACUUUGCUGAAGUGCUGGCCCGGGAGAAGCGGGGUGAACACCUGAGCUGGCUCUGCAUGUUCUGGAUGAUAGGUGGCAUCUACGCCUCUGCCAUGGCCUGGGCCAUCAUCCCACACUAUGGGUGGAGCUUCAGCAUGGGAUCAGCCUACCAGUUUCACAGUUGGCGUGUGUUUGUCAUCGUCUGUGCACUCCCCUGUGUCUCCUCCGUGGUGGCCCUCACGUUCAUGCCUGAAAGCCCACGAUUCUUGCUGGAGGUUGGAAAACAUGAUGAAGCUUGGAUGAUUCUGAAGUUAAUUCAUGACACCAACAUGAGAGCCCGAGGUCAGCCUGAGAAGGUCUUCACGGUAAACAAAAUUAAAACUCCGAAACAAAUAGAUGAGCUGAUUGAAAUUGAAAGUGACACAGGAACAUGGUAUAGGAGGUGUUUUGUUCGGAUCCGUACCGAGCUGUAUGGAAUUUGGUUGACAUUUAUGAGAUGUUUCAACUACCCAGUCAGGGAUAAUACAACAAAGCUUACAAUUGUUUGGUUCACACUGUCUUUUGGGUACUAUGGAUUAUCUGUUUGGUUCCCUGAUGUCAUUAAACAUCUGCAAUCCGAUGAAUAUGCAUUGCUAACCAGAAAUGUGCAGAAAGAUAAAUAUGCAAAUUUCAGUAUUAACUUUACAAUGGAAAAUCAGAUUCAUACUGGAAUGGAAUACGACAAUGGAAGAUUUGUAGGGGUCAAGUUCAAAUCUGUAACUUUCAAAGAUUCCGUUUUUAAGUCCUGCACCUUUGAGGAUGUGACUUCACUCAACACCUACUUCAGGAACUGCACAUUUAUUGAUACUGUUUUUGAUAACACAGAUUUUGAGCCAUAUAAAUUCAUUGACAGUGAAUUUAAAAACUGCUCAUUUUUUCACAACAAGACCGGAUGUCAGAUUACCUUUGAUGAUGACUACAGUGCCUACUGGAUUUAUUUUGUCAACUUUCUGGGGACAUUGGCAGUAUUGCCAGGGAACAUUGUGUCAGCUCUCCUGAUGGACAGAAUUGGGCGUUUAACAAUGCUAGGUGGCUCUAUGGUGCUUUCGGGGAUCAGCUGUUUCUUCCUUUGGUUCGGCACCAGUGAAUCCAUGAUGAUAGGCAUGCUGUGUCUGUACAAUGGAUUGACCAUCUCGGCCUGGAACUCUCUUGAUGUGGUCACCGUGGAACUGUACCCCACAGACCGGAGGGCAACAGGCUUUGGCUUCUUAAAUGCACUAUGCAAGGCAGCAGCCGUCCUGGGAAACUUAAUAUUUGGCUCUCUGGUCGGCAUCACCAAAGCAAUCCCCAUCCUGCUGGCUUCUACUGUGCUCGUGUGUGGAGGACUCGUGGGGCUGCGCCUGCCUGACACACGAACCCAGGUUCUGAUGUAAUGGGGAACAAAGCCAUCCUUCCUGCAUUUCUUCCUCCUGCUCUGGGUCAAUUCUCCUUCCUGACUCAAGGCUUCAGAGUUUUCCUAUACAGAAAGGUGAUCAAGUAUCAGAACAUAAACACACGCUGUGACUUAAAAUGUAGAAGCAUAUCAUCUUGUCCCUUUGUGAUUUUGCACACUUUUUUGGGGUUUUGUUUUUUUAACGCAUUGUUAUCUUUCUGACCUGUGAUGCUACUGCCUCCCCCAAAGCUGUGGAAGCAUUUCUAGAAUGCCAUAGGCAGCCAGGCUUCCCUGGGGUUCGGUUCAUAGAAAGCUUAGAGGCCAGAAGACUGGGCUAGUAUAAGGAAUAGAUCCUGCUCCUAAUUUGACAUUAACAGGAAAUAUAAGCCGGCACAUUAUUGCAUUUGUGCUGAGGAGAGGAAUUCUUUUUUUUUUUUUUGUAACAGAGUGAUAUUUCCUGUUUACAUAGAAAAGGAUACCCAGUAAUUCUCGCUGUCAUAGCAGAGCCUUUCAAAGAAAACCAUGUGGUACCAAACAGGGCUGGGUGGGGCCCUUUGGGGCAAGACAGUUAAGGUGGCUCUGCUGACAAGAAAAAUAAAAGCUCUGCAAUUAGCAGCAAAAAUCAGAGUGAGCUGCAUAAGUAAGAUUUCUGUCAGAAAGCCCAAUUAAACCUCUGGAGAAUGUGAGGAAAAAGGACCGUGACAGUGUCUGUGAUUGUGGCAGUGGUUCAAAAUGGUUGAAAAUCGGAGAUCAGAGCGAGAGCUUCUGCCUCCAUUGACCACUCCCACCCCUUCAGCCUUCCCUUGGUCUUGCCAGACAGCAGAUUCAAAGAAAGAAAGCUGCUUCUUAAAAACCGUCUGCCUACUUGAUUCUGCCACUUACCCACACUGUCUCUAGUCAAGAGAUUGCCAGUGGAUAGCUAAAUUGUAAAUUGCAAAUUAGGAAGAAAUUCACACCUACAGCCAUUUGGACAUAAAAAAUAGUACCUCUUUCUGGUACCUCUUUCCUGUGGGACUGGUCCCCCAGGACACCCAUCCCACCUGCCCCGCAGUUGACACUCAGCUUCCCACCUGGCAUCACCAAAGAGGGUCUGUCCCUCUAGCUUCCCCAGGGCUGAUGCACUGCUCAGUGCACUCCUGGCUCCCUGUAAAAUCAGAACCCGCCUGUACUCCUGAGGGACCUCUCACAGACAGACCAUCUCCCUGUGGUUGUUUGGCUGCUCAUUUUACCUCUGGAAUCUGCCUGGGCUUGGAAAAAAGAGGUCAGCCAGGACAUUCCCACGGGCCAGCUGUCAGCUACACGACCUUCUCGCCUCUCAGGCUCCCCUUCCCCCAGGCUUGUCCUUUUUACACAUCUUCUUUGAAAUCUGAAGCCUCCUUGUAGACUUGCAGCCAAUGACCAGAAGCCAGGAAUAAAUCCCAUGUUUAAACAAUAUUCCUUUUUAAACGGCCUUGUUAGAGGGUUAUCCUUGUUACUUAUUAUAGGCAUUUUCAGACAAGCCACAGCUGGGGGGGGUGCUCCAGGAAGGGAAAGCUUUUGUUUCCACUAAUCAUUAUAUUCAGAGAUGUCCUAACUCCCCUGAGGCCCCCCUGCCUUCCCCUCCCCUUCCUAAUGAUCCCUGUAGAGCUCAGACUAAGUGAAAAGCUUCUUUCAUUAACAUAAGCCAUUAAUCUACUUCCCCAUGAAGUAAUUCUGGUCUGCAGAGGGGAACAGACUGGUGUUGGGGACAGUGGAAAGAGGGUGGUUCCCUGGGGACCUGUGAUCAGGGCUAGAACAUCAGGAAAACCUGAAUCAAAAACUUCAAAAGUGGCAGGAAGAAGAAAAAUCACUGAAAACUAGACAAGAUGCAUUUGAAAGAUACCAACAGUGCAAGGAAAGAAAGAACUUUCUCUCACUUCUGCGUCCUAUCAUUUUUUUGGAGAACAAAGACAGCAGUCAAACAACCCAAGAAAGUACCCUGUAUGUUUUUCUUCUUCCAUAUUCCAGAUAGAUUUUCCCACCUAUCUAUCCCCGAUUUGUCUUCUUAAAAAAGACAUCUGGCAUGCACCACCACGCCUGGCUAAUUUUGUAUUUUUAGUAAAGAUGGGGUUUCUCUAUGUUGGUCAGGCUGGUCUCGAACUCCUGACCUCAGAAGGCUGAGGCAGGAGAAUCACUUGAACCCGGGAGGCGGAGGUUGCAGUGAGCCGAGAUCAUGCCAUUGCACUUCAGCCUGGGCAACAAGAGCAAAACUCCAUCUCAAAAGAGAAAAAAAAAAAAAGGCAUUUAGGGACCUGAGCAGAUCUUUUAGUUGAAUGCAGCAUGUGCAGAAAUAACUGUAAUACCAACGAGUGCAUCUCCAUCAGCCCAUCAAAGGAAAAAUAGAAAUGUAUAUGAGUAUUGCUGUCUCUAGUCCUCUGUGAUAAUUAACUUUGCUACUAGACUAUCGUUACUUUUUAAAAUAUCUCUAAUGUCUGCUCUAGGGUCUAAAUGCAUAAAAUAUCUCUCAAGUUGCAGAGCACAGUUAUUCAGAAUUUUAUUUAAACUCUGGGUUGGGUCAGCAUGAGAUAAACCAGCAAAACCGUACUUCAUCAGACCUGCCAUCCAGUGUCCCCUGCUCUAGGACAUUCUUGGCCUACUUGUUACCUAAUCCAGCAUCCUUGGUGGCCUACGAGGAAUCUUUCCUAAACUCUCGGGCAGUCUGUGGUCACAAACCUUCUGGUCAACACCUCUCCCGCCUUCUGUGCACUCCUCCCUGCCUCCUUGAGAUUGUUCAUCACCUUGAUUUUCGAAGAGAGCUCUAAUCAUUUCCAAAGUAUGUGGUAUGGCCUGUCUAGCUUGCUCUGAAUUUAGCUAAAGAUUAAGAAACAGCCAGGAUAUUAAAUAGAAACUCUCAGCUGUGUCAGUGUAGCAGGCCACUGGCACCCAAAUAUGCAACUGGCAUCUCAUUUCAUCUACAGUAGAAGGAAAAUGAAAAUUUGUGCAAAAAUGAAAACCUGGCAAAUAGUCCACUUAUUUCUACCUCCUUUUCUAACUAAAAAUUUCCCUAUUACUCUGGAAUCAAUCCAGAACACUCCCAAGUUCCAUUAUUAUCACAGAAUCUUCUCAGUGGGGAAAAACAACUGCUUCAGACUGUAAAUUCUGUAUGUACCACAUUCUGUCCCAGGUAUUGGGUCUUAAGGCACCCAACUCACAUUCAGUCCUUGUUGCCUGAAUCAUCUCACACCACAGUACAGACCUGGGAGACACGAUAGAUGGGUCCUAGCCUGACCUUCACCACCAAGCAGUACAGGGACCCAGAUCUUGCUGGGGAGACUAAAAGUCAUUGAACAUCUCUGGUUCUCACUUUCCCCAUGCACAAAGUAAAGCAUUGGGAUUAGUCUGCUCUCCAGCAUUCUAGAACACAGUAAUGAAAAUGGCUUCAUCUUUUUUUUUUUUUUCUUUGAUGGAGUUUUGCUCUGUCACCCAGGCUGGAGUGCAGUGGUGCAAUCUUGGCUUACUGCAAACUCUGCCUCCCGGGUUCAAGCAAUUCUCCUACCUCAGCCUCUCAAGCAGCUGGGACUACAGGCACAUGCCACCAUGCCCAGCUAAUUUAUAUAUGUUUUAGUAAAGAUAGGGUUUCACCAUGUUGGUCAGGCUGAUCUUGAACUCCUGACCUCAAGUGAUCAGCCCGCCUCAGCCUCCCAAAGUGUUGGGAUUACAGGCGUGAGCCACCGGCAGCCUCAACUCAUUUUUACAAGCGCUAAAUAGGUUUAAUUUAUAAACUGAAAAAUUAGGAAAUAGACAAGCAUAAAAAGAGUGUAGGACGUCAUUUGGGAAGCCCGCAUGGACUAGGCCAGAAAGCACAGUCUCUGUGCUGUCUGUCCUGCCAGUAUCUCAGCAUCUUGUAUAGUAUCUCUGUUCACUGCAGGUUUGACAGUUACCAUUGCCCAUCCAGGAAAAGGCCCCACCCUGACCAAUAAACACGCUUAGGUUAGAAGACUCCCUGAUCGCAGUAUUACCCUACAGCUCUCCUUCCUGUUUAUUCCAUUAUUUUCUUGAAAUAUGGCCUUAAGUAUUAUAUGUAGGUUUUCAGAAACAAUUUUUCAGUGAUUUUACUUAUACUGGCAAAUAGACAAAUCUCACCGAAUCAGAGUUCAUGUUUUCAACAAAAACUGCUUAGUUGUCUUUUCAACAUACCUUAAGAGAUCAAAGGGGAGGUGGGAAAAGAAAUGUAGUGACAGAAGGGAGAGUCCAAGAUGCCAUUGAUAAGCUUCCAGCAAAGAGACGAGGGCACAGCUUUCUAAAUGCUGGGAUCACUUCCAAAGCAGUCCAGGGGAAUACUUUCUGAUUGCCUCUGCCAAUCAAAAUAGAAUAUGAUAUUCUCCAUUUUUGUUUCUGUUUGAUGUCAAAAUGGCCUUUACCUAUUUCUUCCGUAAGACACCUUAUCUGUUCAUGCAUUAAAGGCUCUGAAGCCAGGAAUGUCUGAAUUUGACCUUCACCGGUAUCAUAGAAAGGCAACUGGCAUAUUGGUGUUUGCAUAUUGGCUGCAUAUUAGGUUUUCUUUAAUCUCCACAUCGUGCCAAACUUAGUCCAGUUACUAAACCUAAAAACACCAGUCGUAUUGCAACAAGAGAAAGAAAUCUGCACAGUGGGAAACUCUGAAGUGGACUAUACGUUUCUUACGGCUUUUGUUUCUGCUCAGCAAAAUGUGUGUUUUAGGUAAAGCUUCUCUUGUAAUCUGUAAUGUAGACACACAAAAAAAGAAAACCUGUUAGUAUCUCCUGGAUGUAUUGCAUGUCCCUUCAUUGUUUCAGGUAUAGAGUAACAGUUCUCCAUGUGAUGUUCUUUUGCUCUAAAUGUUGACCAUUCCUCUUGUCACCUGUCUGUCACCAACAGUCACAGGGCCAUUGCCAGGGCUCCCUUCAGUUUUUCUCAAACAAUAUCUAAAUGCAGUUUAGUAAUCCCAGGAUUUUGAGUUAAAAGAAUACAGCUCAUGGGUCUGUUUCAGCUCUUACCUAAGGCUAGCAGGGUUGGGCAGGGAAAGAGCUGGGCAGAGACUUUGCUGAUCUUUUGUCAAUUCAUAUGAUUAUCCAGUAAAUACUUACUGAGCACCUCCCAUGUGAUAGGUAUUGAGGCACUGUGCUGUGUGCCAUAAUUAAGCCUUUGGAGGAUUUAAAUGAGAGCAAGGGAAACAGAAUGAGAGAAAACACCCUCACACUGAUUCCCACUACAUAUGCACCCUCCUCCUCCCCCACCACCCCAUAAAUACAAUGUGUUAUUUUUCCACAUUUAAAACAAAUAACAGCCUUCAGCAGGCAGUGCAGGAACUAUUCAGUCAUUGGGAUUACCGUUGAUGAGAGGAGAAAUCUCCUUGAUUACCUGGUUUUUGUUGGAGAGACUACUGACUAGUAUUUGGAAAAUGAGAAAAAUGAAAGCACGCAUAAGCUGUUUCCUUAAAUGAUCUCAGCAGGAUGUUGCACUAAGAUAUUAUUCAAAGAAAAGAAUCAGAGCAGAGAUAGCCCCAUCUUUCUAGAGCUUUUUUGUUUUGUUUCAUGGGGGGUGGAGUGCGGAGUCUUAUUCUGUCACCCAGGCUGGAGUGCAGUGGUGCAAUCUCGGCUCACUACAACCUCCGCCUCCCAGAUUCAAGCAAUUCUCCUGUCUUGGCCUCCCAAGUAGCUGGGAUUACAGGUGCACACCACUAUGUCUGGCUAAUUUUUUUGUAUUUUUAGUGGAGACAAGGUUUCACCGUGUUGGCCAGGCUGGUCUCAAACUCCAGACCUCAGGUGAUCCAUGCUCCUCGGUCUUCCAAAGUGCUGGGAUUACAGGCAUGAGCCACUGUGCCCAGCCUAAAGUCUCGCUUUCUUCUGAGGUAUUCUUUUUGUGGUGUGAAACUAGCAACAGGAGCUAGAGAGUCUGUUCCCCAGCAAAUAACGCUGGAGUUUCCUCUUCAGAGCCAAGUCAGCAAAGCCUGCAGCUGCUGCCACUCCCCUGGCCUGUGCCUCCCAGGGUGUUUCCUUUCUGAUUUUGAAGAUUUAUGAGUGAGUCAACUAUCUUGACAGACAUCCUAAAACAGUUUCCCUCCUCUCUACCCUCAGCAGAUAAACCAUCCAGAAAACAGGUUCUGUCAGCCAGUAACAGGGACAUUUUGGGGUUUCAGUUUAAAACUGGUGCAUGUUGUUGCAAGUGUCUUGAAGUUGCAAAGGAUGUUUGGCGUUCUGGGGCCUGCAGGGGGGCAGAGCAGAAAGAGAGUAGUUGUCUGUGACCCUCUACCCUCCUCUGAGAGCCCCAUUGCCCUUUUUCCCCACCUGUUCUCUCCUGCUUACCUCCUCAGGGCAGUGGCCACUCAUUUCCUUUCUUUCCCUUUUUUUUUCUUUCCUCCUCUGGUCGACAACCUCUUAAUUCUAGCCGUAUACAAAAGCAAGGUCAAGCUUUCCUGGGGCACUGGGGAUGAAAGGCCCAUCCAUGCCUGCUGUGGAGGCACAGAGGAUGGAGAACGUGGAGAGCAGGGGUGGGUGCAGAGGGAAUGUGAAUCUUCCCUCUCCCUCUGGAGAGGGAUGCGAGUCUGCUGGCUUUGGCACAGCUCCCUGUGGUGGGCUAGAUUUCCAACUGCUUCUCAGUGCCUUUGCCCUGAGAGGAUGGACACAGCUGGCAUGGAAUCAGAGCAGCCCAUCUCUGGAGCAGAAGGCUGAGAGCUUAGUAUUUGACUCCUGAAAGACCAGGAUGUUCCCACCUGGAUUCUCGAGAUUCAUUGACUAGUAGAGGUCGAUGAUACUCUCCAUGUCUGCAGAAAGUCCCACUUGGUGUGGAAGGGUAGGUACCUUCUGGUUAGGUCUGAAUGCUAAAAUUGCAGAGGUUGUCCACACUCUGCCUACUCUACCACAUCCAUGCUGCCCUUAGAUCCAAGAGCGCCCAGGACUAGGAACAGAAAGCAGCUUUCAACCCUUUGUUUAGACUCAGAUGGGGUUUAACUCAAACUAGUAACCUACCCCAAUAGCAGGGAUGCAAAGUCCGAAACAGCUUUGCAGUGCCUGGGGAGUGCCUAGGCAGCCUGCUCACAGUGGCUGGGGUCAUCUAGAGCUAGUGAUGAGCUGGAACAGCUUCAAACCAGUCCCUCAGAACUGAUGUUUAACGUUUCAGGAAUUUUGAGAGUCAGUUGAGAAACACAGCUAUUACUAAAUAUUAAGAUUAGAUCAAUUAUAGCUAUAAACAAAGGCAAUAUAUUCAAAGCUCAUCACUGUCUACCUAUUUUACUACAUUGGACCAUUAUCUAUGCCCAUUAUGUCUGUAUGGUAGAAAUACUAUAUAAGGGUAUAAUACUACACACAUCUUCCCAAGUGAUAGUAUAUUUGUAGCUUGAGAUCAGCUAUGGUGGGAAUAUUUAUACCAUGGAAAGCAACAAAGCCAUACAAAUCAGACUCCUCCUAAUCUCCAAGACAGUUGUUAAAUAUUAACCAGCAUAUCACUAUCUAAAACCCUAAAGAAGACUUGGCCUCGCAGUGCAUAGACCCAGGCCACACCACCUUGAGUUUCAUGUGUUUAUGGGUCAGCAUUGCCCCUAAAUCCAAGGAAGGGGAAAGACUUAGCAAGCUCAACCUCAUAUGAUUCACAAAGGGCUUCUUUCUGCAUUUGCGUUGACUCACAAUAGGACCCAGUACAGAGAAUCCACCAUUUUCUAUGGGUGUAAUUCCUUCAGGGAGAAUGUAUGGUAAAAUCAGCUAUUUCAUGCUAUGCAAACAAAAUGAAAGUAGUUUGAAAUUGUAAAGUGUCUCCCCUCUGGCUCCUAUGUAGUCAUCUAAGAAGGAAACUCCUUCCUUGCCUUGACAUUUACCAGGCCUGCCUACAUAGAACGUGAUGAAUUGGCCUAAUUUCAGUUCUGCUGCAAUUGUUAUAUAUUUACUUUACUGAAUCUAUAUCCAGAGUCAGUCAGAAGAAAAAAGAAAUGUCCUUUCUUCUUACACACUUUCUUAGCAUCCACGCAGUUAUGUAUCCUCAUCCUGGUCCAGGAACAUAUUGAACAGAUCCUAUGUCUUUUGUUAAUACCUAGAUACACUAAAUAACAUCCUAGAAGAGUUUUCUCUUUCAGGUGAACUUCCAUUUUGAACAUAUGCUAAACGUACUAUCCACGGUCUUUUUUAACGAGAUCUUGGCAACGGUCCUGUCGGUUUUGGUGUUUGGGUUGUUUGGCUUUGUUUUAUUUUUUUUUCUUUCUGUUUUUAAUGCUGUUUAAGAUCUCUUGCUAUGAAUGUUCCAGUUACCCCUAUUGUACUGUAUAUAUGUGUGCUGCAUGUGUGAACCCCAGUAACUUCUGUUUCAGGUUUUGGAGUUUUCAUCUUAAGUACAGCUGGUCCUGUUGUGAACUCAUCUUUCUGGUAUGCUCCUCUGUGUCUGAUUUCCAAUUGCCAAAAUGUUUGACCAAGUGUGUUUUGACGAAUAUAAUGAUACAGCCAUGUGUAUCCUUGUGAAAGGGCAUGCUCCAUGUGGGAUGGCUCCUGUACAGCAUAAAUCUAUCAAAUGUGGAAUUGUGUAUACAUGUAUAGGCCAGAUAACUAACAUUCAUGUAACAGCUACAAAGAUAUUUAAUGUAUAUCAGAUUAAUAAAAGAGCAUUUUUUUGCUCUGUUAUAUUCAAAUAA